AUGGCUCCCCCCUGCUGCUUUGAAGGGGUUUUUAAGAGCUGCUUCCCACAGAAGGCUAACCCAGAAAAGUUGGAGCCCAAUGCGGUGCAGAAGCUGGCCGGAUAUUUGGGGCUCUACAAGUUCUCUGCCUACGUCAUCAUGGACGCCUCUUGGAUCUCCAAACUCUGUGAUACCAUGGUCCGCACGCCGGCGGCCUAUGGCAUGGCCUACGAGGACGUGCGGAUCGAGGCGCUCGACGGCUGCACCCUGGCGGCGUGGCAUAUCCCCGCCCAGGACAAAAGCUCGAAGAAGCUGGCGAUUGUGGGCCAUCAGUCCUGGGCUUGUGCCAACAAAUCCGGCUGCGAGACGCACCAGAGGCAUGGCUGGGUCACCGUAGAGGCCAUCGACUACGUGAAGCUUCAGAAGGUGCUGCAUGAUGCUGGCUUCCACGUCCUCGCAUACGACCUGCGCAACCACGGAGAGUCCGAGAAGAAGCUCCCCAGCGGCUUUGGAGAAAUUGAAUAUAUGGAUGCUGUUGGUGUGAUGAACUACGUGAACAGCCACCCAGUGCUGAAGACCUGCAAGGUUUGCUUGUUGCCCUUCUGCGUCUCGGGAGUGGCGUUCAUGAAGGCCAACACCCUUCACCCUGAGAAGUUCAAGAACGUGGUGGCUUGGGCAACCACGAACAUCUUCCAUGGCCCCACGAUCAUGUCCAACCGGCCGUAUAUGUUCGGCCUGGGCAACGUGAAGCUGCUGAACAAAGCUUUUGCCGAGAAGCAGGCCUCCUACGAGAAGUCGGGCCAAUUGAAGAGCCAGGACAUCAAGAUCACAGCCCAGCGGAUUUCUGCGAAGCCUUAUGCACCUGACGUCAAGGUCCCGAUCCUCUACUGCGACGUCAUGCAUGAUGUGUUGGACUACCACGAGGCCUCCUGCCCCGACAUCUUCGCGGAGUUCGGCAAAAGCCUGCCGGAGGAGCAGCGGAAGCGCAACGAGCUCCACUUCUUGGGACCCCACCGACCGAUGCCCUUCACGACGAAAGGCCGCAACCGGAGCCGUGGCAAGAACCUGCGAUUUUCGGCAGUGAACUCUUCCGGGUGUAUCCUACAAGAAGAGAUUCUGGCGGUCCCAUGUGGAGGAUUCUGGGCCUUUGACUGUGCAGAGUCGCAGGAUGAGAGCCUAAGCAGCCUAAGCGCACUAAGUGAAGUCGGGAUGGACGAUUCGGUGACCCAAGUGUUGGACCAGGCUCGGGAAUGCGCGGUGGAGAAGGUGGUGUGCCCCAUUUGUUUCGAAGCACUCAGCGACCUCCCGAACCAGGUUGGAGCUCUCACUUUUGAAGGCAAGCGAGUCGAAAGUGCGCUCUACCACCAUGACUGUGUGCACAACCAUGCUACUAACCGCCUGGUCUUCGCCUCUGAGACGGGCAAAGCAGUCAGUCCGCUCACCCGACGCCAGGUGGAUAACUUCAAGGUGAUGCCUGCCCUGACCGACUCUGAGGAGUGGGUCAGCUUCUUGGAUUGGAACCGAACGGGCCACCUGGACCUUCAGAAGGUGUGUUUCGCGGUCGCAGCUUUGCUUCCGGAAGGUGACCUGCCUCGUCUGGCGACGAGAGACGGAGCAGACCUAGUGGAUGACGCGUAUGCGAGAAGGUUCGUUUUGCAGGUCAUGAACCUGCCUGAAGACUCAGAGGAGGCCCACGAAGUGAGCCAACAGGAGGUGAUCCAGACUCUGCUUCCGCAGAUCCGACGGCAGCUGCGGCGCCUGGUGAAGACGCCACGGCCGCGGCCACCCGAGAUCUGCCGCAACUCGGAGAAGGAGGAGCUCCUCGCAUGGUUCCGCUUUUGGGACUCCAAGAAGGAAGGCCGCCUCGAUACUUCCACGCUACAACUGGCGGUGGUUGCGACCUUCCACACAGCCUUGGCCAAGACGGCAGACGCGGCCACCAAGGCGGCGAUCGCACAAUCCUUCUGCACCGAGAUGGGCUUGAGGGAAUGCGACCACGUCACAGAGGAGCAGUUCAUGGAGAAAAUGGCUCCGCACCUGGUCUCGAAUUUGCCCGUGGCCAUCGAGCGAAAUACCCGCUCGAGCGGCUUUUUCGACCCCAAGUUGUCCUUAACGCUCCACUUGAGGGAUAUGAAAUCGGGCGCAGAACGUCCCUUGUACUUUGAGACUGCCGGAGAGGUGACGGUGAAGGAUCUGAAAGCUGCCACCCUGCGCCGCUUUCCGGUGCUGCUCUGCCGUCGCACAGUGAAGAUUUUCGUGAUGGGCCAGCAAUUGGAGGACGACUUCCAACCCCUCUUCCAUUUGCGUGGGAUCUACGUCACUUGGCGGAGAACUUUAUGGCAGGGCAACGUGUGGUGGAAACGGCCACAAAGCCCAAGAAGAAAUCGCCUCUGGACUUCGACGAUUUGGCGGGCUUUGACGACGCCUCGGAUUCCACCUCUGAUGAGGAUCUCAAUCGAGACCUCUAUGAGGGCAACGUGCGUUGUUUGCGGCAGAUCAGCAACGAGAGCGCCGCCUCCCGGGCCUCCCGGGGCUCGCGGCUGUCGGUGGGAAGUCGUCCCAGCCAGAAUAGCCGCAGGAGCGACUCGUCGCUGA